CCGCUCUCAUCCCCUCCCCAGCAGCCGGCGGGGCAUUGGUAGCCGAGCCGGGCUGCGGAACACCCGCCCAGAGCCCCGCUCGCUCGGCCGUCCUCCAACUGGUCGUAAAGUGUGGUAAAGGCGCCGGCGCUUUGCGGCACCGUAGUUUUGGAGUUCGAAAUGCUUUACCUGAUCGGCUUGGGGCUGGGAGAUGCCAAGGACAUUACAGUCAAAGGCCUGGAAGUUGUAAGACGCUGCAGCCGAGUGUAUCUGGAAGGCUACACCUCAGUCCUGACUGUAGGGAAGGAAGCCCUGGAAGAAUUUUAUGAAAGAAAAUUGAUUGUUGCUGAUAGAGAAGCAGUAGAACAAGAAGCUGAUAAUAUUUUAAAGGAUGCUGAUAUCAGUGAUGUUGCAUUCCUUGUGGUUGGUGAUCCAUUUGGGGCUACCACACAUAGCGAUCUUGUUCUGAGAGCAGCUAAGCUGGGAAUCCCUUAUCGAGUUAUUCACAAUGCUUCCAUAAUGAAUGCUGUUGGCUGCUGUGGUUUACAGUUGUAUAAUUUUGGAGAGACAGUGUCUAUUGUUUUUUGGACAGAUACCUGGAGACCCGAAAGCUUCUUUGACAAAGUAAAGAAGAACAGAGAAAAUGGCAUGCACACGUUAUGCUUACUAGACAUCAAAGUAAAGGAACAGUCUUUGGAAAAUCUAAUCAAGGGAAGGAAGAUCUAUCAACCUCCUCGGUAUAUGAGUGUCAACCAGGCAGCCCAGCAGCUUUUGGAGAUUGUGCAAAAUCAAAGAAUACGAGGGGAAGAACCAGCAAUCACUGAGGAGACACUGUGUGUCGGCUUAGCCAGGGUUGGAGCAGAGGACCAGAAAAUUGCAGCAGGCACUUUACAGCAAAUGUGUACUGUGGACUUGGGAGAACCAUUGCAUUCCCUGAUCAUCACAGGAGGCAGCCUGCAUCCGCUGGAGGUGGAGAUGCUAAGUCUGUUUUCCAUUCCAGAAAAUAGCUCAGAAUCUCAAAGCAUCGAUGGAGUCUGAAUAUAGACAUAUCCUAUUGUCUGAUAGUCAUCUAUGGAUGUAUAUAUAUAUUUGUAUAACAAAUUAAACAAGUCUUUGGGCUUAUGUACUGCAUAUAAAACAAGUGACCACAAAGAAA